CAGGGUACCACGGAAGGGACAUUCCUCAGCAGCAAAGUAAAGGUCCAUGUAAGCAUUAAACCACUGCUAGUUGGGAGACUGCAGUCAUGAAGCUUUAUGUAGGGUUCAUAGUGUUCCUGUUGUACUGUUUUGGGUAAGUUACUCGCGUGAGAAAUACAUGUCACUAAGUAAUGGCCGAAAAAAUCUCGGCGUGGACAUGAAAAAGGGUUCUUUUGCUCAUGAAAAUUAGGGAUCUUGGUUUUGAUCUCGAUGCGAAGAGGUUGAUGAGCCUCUCGCAAGAUUUUGUAAAAUCAAGGAAAGAUCACUAUCAAGUUUACACAGACUAAUUGAUUCUAUUCAACUUAGUUUCGAAAUUCAAGCCAAGACGUAUAUCCACGUAUCUUUUGAAAAGCAAUUAUGCUCUUCUAUGUAAGUCUAGGUUAAUACCUCAGAACAUGGUAUACAGGUAUAUAAGGAAUACAGGCUCUGCAAAGAUUUAAAAAGAGACACACAAGUCAAUACGCCGUGAUCAUUGAUUUGACUUUAAAUCUUUAUAGAUUGUGUUCGAGUCAUCUUCAGCGUCUCCUACUUUGUCUCGAUGAAGAGCCAUUGGAAUUUCAUUCGAGCAAAGCGAGAUCUUUGUCCGACAAUAAAACAUGUACGUCGUGUUAGCGAGAAUAAUGUUGAAGCGAAGUUCGCCCUCGCCUCGGUCUGUUUCAAAGUAAGAGAAAUAGAUAUUUGGGUAGUGAUAAUUUGUUUAACAUCGACGUAUUUUUAAUAUCUGUGAGUAAAUUAGGACUGACUGAGAUAAUCAACAGUCCACUCGCAUCUACUUCAAAAAAAUACCUGAGAUCUGAACUAAGAUCCAUCACAUUGCUAACCAGAACAGGGAAAAAAUUAUGUGAGGUCCAUGGACAAGAUCAACUUGCAAUUGACAUUCAAAACAGCGUUGACACUGGCGGCCCCGGUCGUGCUGAGUUGAGGGGAAUUCAAUGAGCUAUCAGUGGAAACCAUGUCUUUAGAUUCUUUUUUCUCCCCGAAGGUGAAAUUCGGGCUUUUCCCGUUGAUGCAUAUCAAUCAAAAUUCAAAGGAAACGUAUAUGUUACUCACGAGUAGCGUUGAAAUUAUGGCGCUUGAUAAAGAUACGCCUAGCUAUAGUUAUACCCGAUCAGUACAGUCCAAAGCCAAUUCCUCACGAAAAUCAAAACAGACGUUAAAUUGCUAAUUAAGUUAAUGCUCUCCAAGUGAGUGGGAAGUGCUAUCAAUUUUUUUCGCAGUGACACGAGCAGUGCUAAAAAGGCACGCCGCUCUGAUUCGUGGUGUUACAAAGCACCAGGACUGUCCGUGAGUCAAAGAAAGCUUUGCUUCAGAGUGCUUGGACUCGAGACUGCAAUAAAGAAAGGGAUCGAGAGAGGAUUAUCAGAAUGCGAGCGAGAAUUUCAGUGGAGUAGGUGGAAUUGUAGCGCGCUUGUAAACAAAAGUCUUUUGGAACGAGCACCAGGUGAGUGCGUCAGCCGCGCUUUGUUUUAAAUCAACAUGACUUUGUUUUUCUUAACUCCAACAUCUGUUAUCAUUGGCGUAUUUACGUUUCUUUAUAGUUGUAGGGAAAGUCCAAACUGACAGAUGUAAAAAGGUUAAGGAUCAAAUGGAGUCUUAAUGGCCACAGAAAUGUGAUUAAACAUCAAAAUUGCACACAAAGGGCAGUUUUAAUCACCCCAGUUUCCACACUGCUUGUUAUUCCUCUGUUGAGGACGUACAGAAAAGUGCUAUCAAAGAGUCAUGUUUUAUUUCAAGUUAACUUUUGUUCCAUUGGCAAGGCUCCAUGCUGACAAAAUAACGUCGAACAGCGAGUACUUCCUGCUCUCCUGAGUUGUGGGCACGAAAUCAAGAUCGUCCCCGCUUGAAGCUAAUUGAAAGUUUUUGGUGUAUAUUGAAAUUGACAAAAAGGUACCCCGACCAGUUUAAAGGUUACCAUUUAAAUAUUAUUUUAGCCCGAUCCGGAGUGAUUCAUAAAAAGAAGCUGUUGGUUUACUUCGGCGACCUUUGUAAUUGCAUUUUUUUUGGCCCUAUUUCUGUCAGUUUUCGUUCUGACUCUGAUCUGUAAUUGCAUGCGCCGAUAGGCCUCUUUUAGUCAUCUCGCUCAGCUUCUGCAGUGAGUGUCUAUCUUUGUGUCCUAUCCGGUUCCUGCUCUUGAGUGUUCCUUAGUUCACGUUGUUUAUGAAGAAAUUCGUCUUUGGUGUCCUCAUCUUCAGUAUUUUUCAUUACGUGUCUUUACGUGUCCGCUUUUAAUUUGUUAUGCUAACAUCAAAAACACAAAACUACUUUCAUCUAUACACAUACGCACUAAUACAAAACAUGAGGGUAAACGUGCCUAUUAACGUCUGGGUAUGUGAUAUUUUUACAUUCUUAGUACUCCAGGUUUCCUUCUUAUUCCUGAAUAAGGUGGAAUUUUUUCUUAUAACAUUUAAUUAUCUCACUUUCCAGCUGGGACAAGAGAGGCAGCGUUUACAACUGCAUUGCUAUCAGCGUCAAUAGCCUACAGUGUAACAAAGGCCUGCACAGCGAAAAACGUCACGGAAUGCCGCUGCGAGGGAAUCAGACGUCCCAGGUACGGGCAGACCUGGAAACGGAAAGGUUGUAGUGCAAAUGCUCACUUUGGAACUUACUCAUCUGAACGUUUUAUGCUGAAUGACAGGAGAAAUAAAAGCGCUAUUGAUACACUUGUCAUGAAGCACAAUAUCAGAGUUGGACUUCAGGUGAAUACAGUAGGAUAUUCAAGUUGUUAUCCUUUUACUUCAUUUGUGAGCUUUUCCAUCCUUGCAUUUUAUGAAACAGUUUAAAGAUAAUUUUAUGGUUAGAUAGUAGGGUCCCCAUCUGUCACAAACCAUACUGUCUUUAAUUUUCGGCGUGAGUUUUCAGAAAAUCGGUCUUGCACCUUCUUUUAUAGGAAAUUGACACUCCCAGGAGAGAAACACGAGUUUUCAACGAUGGGGUUUUACUCCAGAUACAAAAAACAUAGUAGGAUGCGAGAGAAUAUAACAGUUUACAGUCUCUUGUAGGAUGUAAUUGUAUAUUUCUACUAUUUCAUAUCAGGGUGGGGAUGUAGGGGGCGUAAGAGCUUAGCUACCCCUUUCGUUUAAUUGAGCAAUUGUAGGGGUCACUUGGCACUGUCAGCCCCAAAUGAUUCGCACUUGUGCGGCAGCAAGAUCAAGAUUCAAUUUAAUGGUGUAUUAUACCAAAGCAUGAUUCUAAUUACCUGUGAAACAUUUUUCAGGUUCUACAAGAGAAUCGAGUGGCAAAAUGCACAGUGGGAAAAACUGGGAGAGUUAAGUCUUGCCAUCUAACUUUACCACCACUCCACAAAAUCAGCCGAAUCAUUAAGGGAAAGUAUCACUUGGCCACAAGGGUUACUGCGCACAAACGAGGAAAGAACAAUUCACCCUUUCUGCGAACCAUUGAGCGGUACCGCGACAGACCAAAUGGAAAGAGACCAAGGAAAUCAUCUCUGGUUUACAUUCGUUACUCUCCCACCUACUGCUAUCGGCAGAAUGAAUACGGCAUUCCAGGCACGCGUGGCCGCCGCUGCCAAUUGAACUCUCUUAAAGAAGGUGACUGCACCUUGAUGUGCUGUGGUCGGGGCUACAAACGGGAGGCAAAACUUCAGAAGAGAUUUUGUGACUGUAAAACGAGUGUUGACAAGCCAUGCAGUUGUAAAGUAUGCACAGAUGUGAUAAUGGAAAAUAAGUGCAUGUAA